GCGCAGACAGCGCACGUGGAUUCUGGAGGGAGCAGCCAGCACAACCUCCAGUUGACGAGGUCGCCGCAGGCAGCCGUCAGAGCACCACGUCGAUCUCCGCGAGCUCUGGGGAGACCCCGCGCGGCAUCUGGGACGAGGCACCCCGCGGCACCUGGGCAGACCCCGCGGCACCGGGCGAGGCACCCCGGCGCAGCAAGCCUCAGAGCACGGCCGCGAUCCGCGGCGGCUGGGGAGAGUCGGCGCCCGCCGCCGAAACCGAAACCGUCCGCGUCGAGGCCGACCGCGGCCUGGACGCCGACGCCUACAAGCGGUUCGCCCUGGAGGGCAGGCAGCACUUCAGCACCCUGGCGCCCACGGUGCUGCCCACCGAGCUGCCCCCCUACGUGCCGCGGGACGCGCUCGCCCCCGGCGAGGACCCCUACCGCCUCUUCCUGACCCCCGCCAGCGACUUCUUCAAGGACUACUCCCUGGCCUACGCCUUCCCCUCCACCGCCAGCGCGCCCCCUCCCCCCGCGGGCGGGGCCUGCGCGCCGCAGGCCCCGGGGCGGAGCUCCGGCGCGCCGGCGCUCAUGCCGCCCCCGCUGCGGCCGGGCGGGCCGGCCGCGCCCCCGCCGCUGACGCCGCAGCCGGGCGCGCACGCCUUCGCCGCGCCGCCCGCGCCGCAGCUGCCAGCGGCCGCGCCGCUGUGCGGCCCGAUGGCUCUGCCGCCGCAGCUGUCGCUGGCGGCGCAGCUGCCGCAGCAGCUGCAGCCCGCGCACCCGCAGCAGCUGCCCCCGGCGCCGCUGCCGCCGCACGGCGCCGGGCCGGGGAGCCCGCAG